ACAAGAUAGGUGUUUUGUCGUAAAGUAGACACAGAAAACCGGUUUCUAAUGCAGAAUAUUGGACUUCGUAUCACGAUUCCGCCUAAAAUGCAUAUAAAGAUCCGGAGCAGAUUACUACUGAGCAUUUUCUGUUUUCUUUUUCCACCAAGUCUAUGUCAGAGUAAUCCAGAAUCACCGCACUAUGUAGGCGCUGUGGUUGAGUAUCAUCCUUCCACGACAAAUGGGAAUGUUGAAGCUGCUGCUUUUAGAAAUGCGCUUAAUUAUGCCGCUAUUAUUAAAAAGGCAAAAGAAAUAAAUUCUAAUCUAGACAUAAUUGUAUUCCCAGAAUCUGCUUUAAUUAACUUUGAUGAAAAAAUUAAUCAGUCCGAAGAAGAAUGGCGAAAAUACAAGGCACCUUUGGCUUCUUAUGUUCCUAAUCCUACAGAAAAGGUGACACCUUGUGGAGAUGAAAAUACAAAAGUUUCAAAGACCCUGGAAAUAAUGUCAUGUGUAGCAAAAGAGUACAACACAUACGUUGUGAUAAAUCAUUUAGAAAAAGACGACUGCACGAAUUGCUCAAGUGACAAGAUAAACCUCUACAAUUCGAAUAUCGCUUUUGACCGAACUGGAAGAAUAAUCAGUCGCUACCGGAAAUACAAUCUCUUCCUUGAACCCGGAAUAAAUGUGACAUCCAAACCUGAGAUCUCGAUUUUCGAAACAGACUUUGGAGUAAAAUUUGGUCAAUUAAUCUGCUUCGACAUCUUACAUGAAAAACCAGCCUUGGACCUUUUGAAUAAACAUCAAGUGGCAGAUUUCGUCCUCUCUGUUCAUUGGUUCGACGAGCUACCAUUCUUAGUUGCUGUAGAAGUUCUGGCAGCUUGGUCUUACGCGAAUAAUGUUAAUUUGCUAUCUUCGGGAUAUAACAAUCCAUCCACUGGCACAACAGGUAGUGGUAUUUUUGCUGGAAUAUACGAGAGAAUGCCAGGUGUUUUUCGGUCUGAAACAUUAAAAAAUGUUUUACUGAUUGCCAACGUACCAAAAGUGAGGAAUGGUGUAAGAAGCGAUAAAGUAAAGAAUGAGACCAUUUUGUAUGAAUUUACGGAUAAUGAGGUAUCUACUAUUGAAGACAAGUUGACGAAACAUAGUAGUUUUUGGUUUGAUGAAUUGUCUUCAUAUACGACAAAACUUUUGGAACCUAAUAUGGACCAAUUUCUUACACUUUGCAAAGAUGAUUUCUGUUGUUAUUUUAACCAUAAGGCUCAAUACAACAUGACAGCAGUAAACAACAGAGAAAAAUAUUAUAGGUAA